AUUUCAUUGGGUCCCCCCUGCUGCCCGGCCUCGUUGUCCACAUUAUGCGAUACCUAGCAACCUUGUCUUCCAUGCCAUGCGUUGUUGUCCCACCCUCACCAGCUCUCAACUCGACAGGACAGGCAUCGGUUCCCCUGAGUUCUUUAAUCUCGACGGGGUCCUGUUCAGCAACAGCAUCGCAUCCUAUUCGCGAAUCCUCCCCUCAGCAGCCCCCUGAAGAACGCGACGGGACUUUUAUGCAGUUUCUUCCAAGUCGUAAUCGGCCUUUUUCCAACCUUCUGCUCGGAGAGCCUUUCGCAUUGUCCAUAAAUUAACCAGCCCUAAACAAAAAACCGUAACUUGCUCGAAUUGGCUAUCCAUCGCCUCUCUUCCGCCACCCACGACCAUCCAAAUCGUCGCCUCCACUCUGUCACCCCCCUCCCUGGUCAUAAUAACCACUCUCCGCCGCCUCACAUCUCUUGUUCCUCUCUCACAUAUCCCCCCACUCAGCACCUAUUUUUAUCCUCGCUCUGAUCAAUCUUGUUUGAUCCUCUACUCUAUUAUUCUCCGGGCUCUGUUGUCUGUGUUUCUUUGCUCCCUGGCCGUUGGCGUAUCCGGUUCAGUCAAAAGCGCGAGGCCCCUGGCCAGCAUCGCAAAAACUCGGAUAUUGCCUUGUCCCUUGGCCUGCGAUCCAUCGUCUGAAGAUUUCGUAGGAAAACAAGGCAUCCAACUCGAAUCCGGAGGUACACCCUCGCACUCUUUCCUUGUCUUUUUGAAUUCACCCCAGUCCUGCCGCAUUUCCAGAAGGGUGCUGCUUUCUCCGGUGCGCAAGGCGCAUUGUUCAAAAGUAGAAGAUCGGACUCCAGGGACCGCGUCUCUCCAAUCUACCCUCGUCGCAAGGAUCCACCAUCAUUCUCCUACAUUUCGAGUGUCAUAAUAAACAUCGCGACGCGACUUGAUUCUCCCCUUCAUGAUUCUUAGCUUGCGCCGUUACAUUUUUAUCGCGCAAGAGUCAUAUUGCUAAUAGAUGUCUCCUAUGCAGCAUCAUCCCCACCAUUCGCAACAGGGUCCUCCUCCCCAUCAUCUUCAACAGCCGAGACCCUCGAGCAUUGUACAUCAACAACACCAUCAGCAGCAACAAGCUCCUCCCUCUCAAGCCCAACAUUCCAACCCGUAUCCUCCUGCCCACGGCUUACCACAAUACGCCCAGCAAAGUGCUCCAGGACCCGGUGGACAACAUCCCCAGGACGUAUCCUACUAUCCUGCCCAUCCAAGCCCGUACAGCACCCCAGCGUCAGGUACCUAUUCUUCAGCUCGUGAGUCAAUCCAUGGUGGUUUGAGGACCGGAACGUUGUUCGCUAACCAUAUACAGCACCGGAAACCCCUGAUAUCAUGGCCGCCGCUCAAAUGUCGCGCCCAUAUCCUCCCAUCUCCUAUCAUACUCCACAAUCGAAUUCUCCAGCAUCAGUCGCAUCUCCAAGUGCACACGAUCAGCGACACAACAUGUAUGGCGCGCCAACCACACAACUUCAACAAAAUCCCCAGAUGUACUAUGGCGGUCCCCAGCAGCAACAAUACCCACCGCCCAUGGCACCUCAGGGCAAUUCUCCAUAUGGCGCACCGCACCCCCAACAGCACCAACAACAACAACAGCAGCAGCAUGCGGCAAUGACAUCUCAGCCAAAUCUGUUAAUGUCUCAAACUCCUAGCCAACACCAAAUGCACCAGCAACCGCAGCAUGGCAACCAGCACCCACAGCAGGCCAUUACUGGAAGCCCAAGGACCAAAAUGGAGCCGCAUGUUCCUCAGAUGAACCGUCAACCAGCAGCGCCUCUAGGGCCUCCUCAACACCCAACCAACGGCGCGCAAAUGCAACAGAAUAACGUUCCUGGCGCAAGCGGUGUCAACCCCAACGCUGCACCUGGCCCAAUUCCUGCCACCACGCCAUUGGUCGUGCGCCAAGAUAACAACGGUGUGCAAUGGAUUGCAUUUGAAUAUUCUCGCGAUCGUGUCAAGAUGGAAUACACCAUUCGAUGCGACGUCGAAUCUGUAAAUGUCGAUACAUUGGGCUCCGAGUUUAAGACUGAGAACUGUGUGUACCCGCGUGCUUGCUGCAGUAAGGAUCAAUACCGAGGCAACCGCCUGGUCUACGAGACUGAGUGUAACACAGUCGGUUGGGCGUUGGCAGAAUUGAACCCCUGCCUCCGCGGAAAGCGAGGCUUGAUUCAACGUGCAGUAGACAGCUGGAGAAACAGUAACCAAGAUCCACGCCUGCGGAGUCGACGAGUUCGGCGAAUGGCCAAGAUUAACAACCGCAAGGCUGUUCAGAAUGCAACUCAUGCUCCUCACAUGGCAGGCCCUAGUGGCGGUCCAGCUGGGAUGCCACCAAGCGGCAACAUGGGUCCUGGCAGCGCGGCGCAACAGAGCAUGCCCAAGCCUAGCAUGACCAGUGGCAUGGGAGGCUCACAACUCCACCACCACCACGCCCAUCCCGACGGAAGUACUCAAGGAGGAGAUGAAGUCGGUAUGUUUCACCAGAUGUGA